AUUGAAAUAACUCAGAGAAAGAAAAUCAUCCGUAGCGCAUCUUAAUGUAGUGAUCAUUUAAAGUUAAAUAAUACUAAACAUUUUAGGGAUAUCUAUUGUGUUCUAAAGCUUUCCAUAAACUUGCACGGUUACUUAUAACCUUCAGCACGUUUUGAAGAACUACGUGGGGGAAUAUUCACCGGAAAACCAUGUUGGGACCACAGCAGAGUCUGCCGUGCAUUGCCCCGCUGUUGACCACGGUGGAGGAGACGCUGAGCACUGUCUCCGCUCGGGUCCGAGGACACAUUCCUGAAUGGCUCAAUGGCUAUCUACUUCGAGUUGGACCUGGGAAAUUUGAGUUUGGAAAGGAUAGAUACAAUCAUUGGUUUGAUGGAAUGGCUUUGCUUCACCAGUUCAAAAUGGAGAAGGGUACAGUGACAUACAAGAGCAAGUUUCUACAGAGUGAUACAUACAAGGCCAACAGUGCGGGAGAUAGAAUCGUGAUCUCAGAAUUUGGCACGCUGGCCCUUCCUGACCCAUGCAAGAGCAUCUUUGAACGUUUCAUGUCAAGGUUUGAGCCACCUACUAUGACCGACAACACCAGCGUCAACUUUGUGCAGUACAAAGGUGAUUACUACAUGAGCACAGAGACCAAUUUUAUGAAUAAAGUGGACAUUGAAACACUGGAAAGAACAGAAAAGGUGGACUGGAGCAAAUUCGUUGCUGUGAAUGGAGCGACCGCACACCCUCACUAUGACCCAGACGGGACAGCAUACAAUAUGGGGAACACCUAUGGACCAAGAGGUUCUUGCUAUAAUAUUAUUCGUGUUCCUCCAAAAAAGAAAGAACCCGGGGAGACGAUUCAUGGGGCGCAGGUAGUAUGUUCUAUAGCUUCCUCUGAGAAGAUGAAGCCUUCUUACUACCAUAGCUUUGGAAUGACAAAAAACUACAUAGUCUUUGUCGAACAGCCUCUAAAGAUGAAGCUGUGGAAAAUAAUUACUUCUAAAAUCCGGGGAAAGUCCUUCGCCGAUGGCAUAAGCUGGGAACCCCAGUAUAACACGCGAUUUCACGUGGUGGAUAAGCACACUGGACAGCCUCUCCCAGGAGUGUACUACAGCAAGCCUUUUCUUACCUAUCAUCAAAUCAAUGCCUUCGAGGACCAGGGCUGUAUUGUGAUUGACCUGUGCUGUGAGGAUGAUGGGAGAAGCCUAGACAUUUACCAACUACAGAAUCUCAGGAAAGCCGGAGAAGAGCUCGAUCAGGUCUAUAAGGCAAAGGCAAAGUCUUUCCCUCGAAGAUUUGUCUUGCCCUUGGAUAUCAGUGUGGGUGCCCCCGAGGGAGAGAACCUCAGACCCCUGCCCUAUUCUUCAGCCAGUGUCGUGAAACAGGGUGACAGAGAGAUCUGGUGCUCUCCUGAAAAUCUACACCAAGAGGACCUGGAAGAGGAAGGGGGAAUUGAAUUUCCUCAGAUCAACUAUGGCCGAUUCAGUGGCAAAAAGUAUAGUUUCUUCUAUGGCUGCGGUUUUCGACAUUUGGUGGGGGAUUCUCUGAUUAAGGUUGACGUGGUGAACAAGACACUAAGGGUUUGGAGAGAAGAAGGCUGUUAUCCUUCGGAGCCCGUUUUUGUUCCGGUGCCAGGAGCCGAUGAGGAAGACAGUGGGGCUAUACUCUCUGUGGUGAUCACUCCCAACCAGGGUGAAAGCAACUUUCUCCUUGUCUUGGAUGCCAAGAACUUUACAGAACUGGGGCGAGCAGAGGUACCUGUGCGGAUGCCUUAUGGGUUCCACGGCACAUUUGUGCCUAUCUGAUGGCAAAAGCUUAAGGAAGGACUCAGAUAAGGCUUCAAUGAGCACAUUUCUAUGGAAAAGAGAAAAUGGUGGGCGUCUUAGGGUUUUACUGCUGUGAACAGAUACCAUGACCAGGGCACGUCUUAAAAGGACAUUUAAUUGAGGCUGGCUUACAAGUUCAGAGGUUCAGUCCAUUAUCAUCGAGGUGAGAGCAUGGUGGCGUCCAGGCAGGCAUGGUGCACGCAGAGCUGAGAGUUCAACAUCAUCAUCUGAAGGCUGCUAGUGGAAGACUGGCUUCUUAAAGCCCUCACAGUCAUACACCUACUUCAACAAGGCCACAACUCCUAACAGUGCCACUCCCUGGCCCAAGCAUAUUCAAACCAUGCCAGUGGGUCUCACCCAAAAGCUACUGUAGUUUGGCCCCGACCCUGACCCUGACCCUGACCCUGACCACCAUGGGCUCAUAUUUUACAUGAUUGUUCCCAGGUUGUGGCACCACUUUGGGAGGCUGUGUAAACUUUUGGGGGUGAUGCCCCACAGGCACCAGGAGCCAGCCUUUGAGGUCCCUGGUUCUCUCAUGCUCUCUCUCUGCUUCCUGGUCCACUACUAUGUGGACAGCCUUCAUUCCAUGUUCUCAGCCUUGUGGCUGAUGGGGUUUCUCCUCCAUGCCUCCCUACUGAGUCCCCUCAGUCUGUGGGCCAAGGAUAUAUUUGCACCUUAAGUUGUUCUGUCAGUUUGAGUUUGCUUUUGGUUUGCAGCAGUGGUGAAAUAAUUAAUAAAAAAGAACCCCGAUGUAUGGCUUUACAUUUCUAUUAAAACAUAAUUUGUGAGAUAA